GCUAUUUCUGUCUCUUUGUGAACACAUCUAAAUCGGAACGUGUACAGGCUUUCAUUUUGGCGCCCAGACUUGGCUCUAAAAUUAGUGCAAAAAGCUCUUUCCGCGCCAAAGGACCUUUAGGCAGAAAAAUAUCCAUGCCGGCUGUCUUGGCCGUGCCAACCAAGCACACGCAUAGCCAUGAAGUACGAGAAGAUCAAUAACCUCGGCGACAUUUUCGAGUAUAGCCCCGAGGAAUACACACAGCAGGUGAACUACUCAACCGAUGACUUCCACUAUCUGGUGCCCACAUAUCUUCGCCGCCAGAACACAAGGGAGUCGAUCUCUGACAACGGUGUGAAUGAGAUGAACGAGCAGCAGAUUGGUGCUCCGUUCCAGUAUAUUCCUGGCGACAGAGCUGGACUACUAGACAGCACCGGCCCCUUCGAGUCGAACAAGCGCACCCUCCAUGGCCGCAGACAUUCUGUCACUAGGCUGUACCGCAAGGUCAGCGGCAUGUUCGCCGCCACGGAGGAGGUUUGCUGCCAUCUAGCAUCCUUUCUUAACCCUUUCCACAUUCUCUCUCUGGACCACCGUGUUUAUUAAUUUAUUGCAGCUUCCAUCCUGUCCUGUUGUCACAAAUGCUCGAGCAUGUGUCACCCCCGCACAUAGGCUGAAUAUGCGGGGGUGUCUUUCAGCUACAAACCAAAAGCACGGUUCGUAUU